AUGGAGCAAAUAGAGAUAUCGGACGACGAUGAAAGAGAUAUCUCUCCUGCUCAGUUUGUGGAAAUUGGCAUGCGACAAUAUGAGCAGUUGAAUGAUACUCAAAAGAGAUUCGUUGAUGCGGUCAUGAAUGUUAUAGACAAUAACAACGAUGAGCAAACUUGUUUCUACAUCGAUGGGCCAGGGGGAUCCGGUAAGACGUUCACAUACACUUCCCUUUCAAAUCUUGUUAGAGGCAGAGGAAAGCGCGUCAGUGCUAUGGCCUUCACCGGAAUUGUAGCGAUAUUACUCCCAGAGGGAAAAACAGUACACAAAACGUUCGGACUUCCAGUACCUUUGUACGCAGAUUCCACAUCGAGCAUUAAAGUUCAAUCUAAACAGGGUGAGUAUUUGAAAAACGUUGAUCUUUUUAUCUGGAAUGAAGCACCUAUGGCUCCACGUCAUGCGUUGGAAGUAGCAGAUCGGACAUUGCGGGAUAUUAUGAAUAACGACAAACCGUUUGGUGGGAAAGUCAUUGUUCUUGGAGGAGAUUUUCGCCAACUCCUUCCUGUCAAAGUGCGAGGUACUCGCAGCGAAAUAAUAAAUCUAUCAAUCAAAUACAGUGCAUUGUGGUUACAUUUCUCUAAAUAUGCGUUAACUCAGAACAUGAGAGUAUUACCAAAUGAAGUUGAAUUUGCAAAAUUUUUACUUGACAUUGGUGAUGGUCUUCUCAAUGAUGCAAAUGAUAAUCUUCAAAUUCCAGAACGUUGCUUGGCGCCUCCAAAUCAAGAUAUCGUAGAAGACACAUACGGACAAUUGGUGAAAGCGAAACGUUUCCAAGAUGUAGCAAAACGUGCAAUUCUAUCCGCUCGAAAUGUCGACGUCGACGAAAUCAAUUCGAGAGUUAUGGAUUUAUUCGAUCAAAAUACAGAGCGGCUACAGACGAGUGUUGAUAGUACCGAGAAUUGUGGCGACAACGAUCAGAUCAACCAUACUGUUUUGCCCGAGUAUCUAAACACGUUGUCACCACCGGGUUUGCCACCUCAUGAACUUCGUCUUAGAAAAAACGGUAUUAUAAUGCUUAUAAGAAAUUUGAGUAUUAACGAAGGGUUAUACAACGGUACAAGAUUGAUGAUUUUAGAACUGGGUAAUACAAUAUUGCGUUGUGAGAUUUUAUCUGGAGAUAAAAGUGGAGAGGUCGUUUUUUUACAUCGAAUUACUCUUUAUUGUGAAAAUGAUUAUUCUUUUACUUUCAAGCGUCGUCAAUUUCCUGUGAAGGUAGCUUUUGCUAUGACCAUUAACAAGUCACAAGGACAAACUUUCGAUAAAAUUAGCGUGGAUCUUCGAAGAGAUGUCUUCAAUCACGGUCAAUUGUAUGUGGCCUUCUCACGUGUGCGUUCUUGGAAGCUCUCAAAGUUUAUAUCGGAGUACAACGAGACAGGAACGUCGUUAAAAAUUAUUCGUAUAAAGAAUUAUAUCGCUGAAACAUCUCUUAAAAUUUUUGCCUAUAAAAUUUGA